ACCAUAACAAGAUUGGGCUUGGGAGCUUUCUAAUUCUGGUAUUCUUCAGGGAAGAACCUCUCCCUCCUUUUCUGAGCUCUUCUCCGCCUUUUCAAGCCCCGUAUGACGAUCCACAAGGGAGAAAGAGGAGACGAGGAGUCAUCACUACUUUCCAUCGCGCAAGCAGGGUUGUUGGCGGUGGUGUUCCUUCUCCCAUCGACUUUCUCUGUAUUGGAAGAAGGGCUUUUUCGUUCCUUCGUUCCUCUUUCUUGACAGAACGGUGCAAGGAAGCUGCGUGUUGGUGAGGUGACCCAACAAGAAUUUUUGGCAAAGGAAGUUAGCUGUUCCACUCUCCACAUGGAUCGGUGGAACAAUUGUCUGUCAUACGAUCACACACUAGGGCGUCCUACAGGGUGGAAAAUGGACGUUCAUUUUAACAAUAAUAUCGGCUCUCUUAAGUCCCAUUCAUUGGAGUUAGGUGUUAGAGUGAAAGAGGAACCCGUGGAUCCAGACGAUCUUUCCUUCACGGAGAUCAAACUCCAAGAGUCUUUGGUGAUCAAGCAAGAAGUUCUGGACGAAGAAGAGCUAUACUUACGGGAAAUAGAAAGUGACCUCGAAGAAAUUAGUGGUUCUGAGGAAGAGGAAGCUAAAGAGUCUCUUUCGCCCGAUUCUAAAUUCAACGAAGCAAAUGGGGAAACUCGUAAAUCGGAUACUAGUUCAAGGAAGUCUUCCCGAUUAGCCUCAAACCUCUCAGCAGUAACAACGCUCUCUAAUGUUGUGGAAGAACUCGAGUACUCGGAGGACGAAAGCCUCGACGACGACAUCCGUGAUGAGGACUACCAUGGCAAAUCAGAUUCUCUCAGUGAUCAGGAUGACGAUCAACCAUCGGAUAGCUGCCCACAAAUCAGAACCGAAGCAUGCACGCCAACCCAUGAGGACUCGAGCCUCCAAAAUGAUGUCGAUAUCGAUGAGACGCAGUUCAAAAAAGAAACGACGGACGAAGCCCUUCAGAAGAGAGUAGGCGGUCCAUGGAAGUCCUUGGAAGCCAGACAAUGUCAGUUUUGUAACAAGAAAUUCGGAUAUCCGAGUGCUUUGAAGAGACAUAUUGUCAGCCACACUGCAGAAAAGAAACAUCAAUGUGAAUUGUGUACCAAUACUUAUCUCUCCAGUACGCAUUUGUAUCGGCAUUAUAGGAAAAAACAUGGCCAAGAACCCCCUCCGAGACCCGAGAAACCCAAAAUCAAAUGCAAAUUCUGUGAUGCCACCUUUACCUCAAAUUGUAGAUUGAAGCGACACACAGUCUUCCAGCACACCAAGGAAAAACGACAUCAAUGUUCACUAUGUCCGGAAAAAUUCUACAGCAAUUCUCAUCUUCAACGACAUCUCCGAUCUCACAUGCAAGAGCGGCCUUUUGGUUGCAAAUUUUGCGACAAACGGUUUCUAGAGAAAUUCAACUUGACCGCGCAUGAGCGCAUCCAUAAAAAUGAGUAUCCUCAUGAGUGUUCCGUGUGCAAGAAAAAGUUUCGGGCUUCCAACACUCUCAGACAGCAUGAAAUGACCCAUACAGGAGAAAAGAGACACUCUUGCCAUUUGUGCAACAGAAAAUUUAUAGCUCGAAGCACCCUCAGGCGGCAUUUAUUAGUCCACUCCAACAUCAAGCAGUUCCAAUGUGUAGAUUGUGGCCGAUCUUUCAGUUCUGGAUCCCAUGUGAUCAGACAUUACAAAAGCCUUCAUAAAGGCAAAGAACCCAGGUACAACAAAAUCCCAACCAAAGAGCCUUUGCCUCGGAUACGAAAGACCAAUCAGCCGGCCAAAGAGAUUGCCAGUGGAGUAAUUGCGCUUCAAUCUGACACAAACCCUUUAGAAACAAAUCAUUAAAAAGUAUUCUAUUCGGGCGCAAACCCUUUUACCAUGUGACAAAAGCCGAUACAAUUUACGUGUUGCCCUUCUUGCACCUCUCCCCUCGUAAUCAAUUGUUUGAAUCUGUCGUAGACAUAAUAAAUUUCUUGUGAACCGUG